AUGGACAAACGUUCCCUCUUCUCUGCGAUGAGACCAUCAGGUCCCAUGAAAGGGGGUGAAAGGUUGGUGGUACCCAAGUCUGGUCCUGGCACCCGCAAGGGCUGCUGGGAAAUGGCCUGGGGAUGGAUGGCAUCAUGGGAGAACUCCCUUUCCUGUCCCUGCCAUCUGCACCCCACGUUUCUGCUGUUUGAACGUGAUACGUCCUUCACAGGCUCGGCAGGGUCAGUGACCCUCUCCCCCAAUCCCCAACACCAAUUUUCCCUGCUCACUCCCCUGCCCCUAAGAGGCAGCUGCCACGUGGCACAACUGCCUGGCUCGGGUAACAGCCUCCCCGAAGUGGAGCCAGCGGGCCACUUUGGCUUCUGCGAGCUGUGCCUCCCCAGGAGGUGCUGA